AUGGAGGAUGGUGAUGCUGAGGGGAAUGAUGACUAUGAUGAUGAUGAGUAUGAAGAGGAGGAUAACCAUGAGGAUGAAGGUGAUCAGGGUGAGGAGGAAAAGGAAUUUACAGAGGAGGAUGUGAAGCACAACUGCCCCCAGCCUGGCCCCCGGCCCUUCAUCUGUGGUGACUGUGGCCAGAGCUUCAAACAGAGCUCCACUCUCAUCCGGCAUUGCCGCACCCAAACCGGUGAGAGGCCGUACAGCUGCGCUGAGUGUGGCAAGACCUUAGCUCACCAGUGUGCCCUCACCCAGCACCGCAGUGUGCACAGCACUGAGAAGUCCUUCACCUGCAGGGACUGCGGCAAGAGCUUCAAACACAGCUCCAGUCUCACCGUCCAUCGCCCAAUGCACACCGGAGAACAUCUGUUCCCCUGUGCUGAGUGCGGCAAGAGCUUCACCACGAGCACGAGAUGCAUCCGACACCAACUCAUCCAUGGCGGUGAGAAGCCCUACAGCUGUGCCGACUGCGGCAAGACCUUUACCGAGAGGGGGAACCUCAGCCUGCACCAUCGUGUGCACACUGGCGAGUCAUUCAGUUGUGCUGAAUGCGGCAAGGCCUUCAGACAUAGGGGCAUGCUCAUUCACGACCGCCGCACCCACACCGGUGAGAAACUUUUCACCUGUGCUGACUGUGGGAAGAGCUUCAGACACAGGCACAAUCUCAUUUCCCACCGCCGCACCCACACCGGCCCUUCGCUUGUGCUGAUUGCG